AAAGAAGUGGAGGAGCUGCGGAACAGCCUGCAGCACUUAGCUGCAGAAAUCGUUGGUGAAGUCAGGUGCCAUCUGGAAGAAACCCAGAAAGUAACUCGCCGGAGGCGGUUCCCGUUUCCCAGAGAAAGAAGUGAUUCCACAGGCUCCAGUUCAAUUUAUUUUACAGCCGGCUCCGGAGCAGCCAACACGGAUGAUGGAGAAAGUGAAGGAGGGUACACCACAGCCAACGCCGAGUCCGAUUACGACCGGGAGUCGGAGAGAGAGAGCGAGGAAGGGGAGGAUGAAGUGAGCUGUGAGACAGUGAGAACUGCACGGCGGGAUUCCCUGGAUCUCGUCAACGAGGAUGAAACACAUUUAACCUUGGAUUCCUCGCUGGAGGAGGGGCUGGGCCAGCUCCUGCAGCAGGCUGACCGCUUGCACGACGGAGACGAGCAGGAGAAGAGAGAGGGAUUCCAGCUGCUGCUGAAUAACAAACUGGUGUAUGCAGACCAGAAGGACUUUCUUUGGCGCCUGGCCCGAGCCCACAGUGAUAUGUGUGAAAUCACAGAAGACCCAGACGAGAAGAGGUCGUACGCAGCUGAGGGCAAAGAAGAGCUGGAAAUUGCCUUACAGAAAUGGGACCAAAGUGCUGAGUGCCAUCUAUG